GAAACCUUAAGAAAACAGCAUUUUUAAGUUUUCAUUAGUAUUUAGUAUAAUAAAUUAAAUAUUUUAGUAUAUAAUAUAUAAUAAUUGUAUCAUGUUUUUAAACGUCUCCAAAAACAUGUCGCUGCCAAAAAUCAUUACAAGAACUUUCAAAACAACCGCAACUAGACACAGAAUAAUUAAAAUUCAAGAUCAAGAAGACUUCAAUAAACAUGUUCUUAAUAGUAAAGAGCCUGUGGUGAUAGACUUUUUUGCUACGUGGUGUGGACCAUGUAAAAUGUUACUUCCUCGAGUAGAAAAAAUAAUAGAAGAAUAUAAAGAUACAAUUCAUCUUGCCAAAGUUGAUAUUGACGACAAUGCUGAAAUUGCCAUGGAGUAUGGUGUCUCAGUUGUACCAGAACUAGUAUUAAUGAAAGAUGGGAAAGUUCAAGGAAAAAUGAUUGGACUACAAGAUGAAGAUAAACUUAAACAUUUUAUUUCAAAACUAACUGAGCCUACGAUAGAAAAAAAAUAAUAUAUUUAAUUUAUGAAAUUAUGUUAUAUAAGUUAUUAGAUUCAGUUAGAUUUAUGGUUUUAAUGUUAUUUAUUCAAAAACAUAUAUUUUAUUAAAUGUAUCAGUCAAACAUUUGAAUAAUAGUCCUUGCUCGUUGAUAUUUAACUUCUUGUGAUGAAUUUAAUUCUUGUUGGCUCACGUUAGAAGAUGAAAAUUCUGAGACAACUUUAUUCGCAUUUUGAAGAAUUAUACUGCGAAUUUGACCCUCUACAGUUUGAAGGUAUUCUACUAAAGUGCCAAAAUGUUCUUUAGGUACCUAAAAAUAAUAAUAUAUAAAAUUUUUUUUGUUAUUCAAUGUUAAUACUUAUACAUUAUAUAAAAAAAAAAAAUAUAAAGUUUUUACUAAUAACAGUAUUAUUCCAAAUAUAUUAAAAAAAAUUAA